AACACGCGCGUGCGACGGGUUUUUUGUUUUGUUUGUGUUGUGUUUCACGGACAUCAUGUGGACCAUUUUCAGAUUGGCGGUUUUCUUACAUUACGUCCAGUCAGUGCGGAUAACGUCGGUGCGCAUCCCGGAGGUUCUACAGGACGGUACACGGGCGCCGCUGACGCUGGACUGCGACUUCGUGACGGACAACGUCACGGGGCUCGUGGUGCAGUGGUUCCGUGACGGCCGGGAGCACCUCGUCUACCAGUGGAUACCGCCGCGCCAGCCCCAAGCGCUAGGCAUUUUACGAGAUAAGUUGGACUUAUCAUACAAGGUGUCGAACAACCCAUACUCGUGGCACCGCGCGCUUCGGGUGGUCCGUCCCGAGCCGGAACUGACCGGCAACUACACUUGCGUGAUCUCCACUUUCCUAGCCGAAGACGAGCGGACCAGGCCCAUGACCAUAUUUGUUCCUGAGAAGAAGUUUGACAUGGUGUUAGAUCGGCUCAGCGACGGAUUUCUCAAUGUGAUCUGCGCGGUGGAGGGAGUGUUUCCCAAACCAGAGCUGACGAUUUUAGCUGGCAGUAGGCCUCUGCAUGCGCGGUCUUCCCUGAAGCUAAUAGAGGGGAGGUACACAGCGCUCACGAGUGCUGUGGUCAGCGUUGAUGCUCUCCCCCCUACGGUGGAGGUGCUCUGUGACCUGCAAGUCCCCCUGGCCAACUACUACAGCAGGAAGAGGGAUAUAUUCUAUAGAGAUCCACCACCAACACCGCCGUCAAGGUCUAGUGGACACAAAGCAUCAGAUACAGUUCUUAUCAAUUGGACCAAUGCGUUACUGAUGUCGACCGUUAUAUUCUAUCACAUUUUAAGGACAACGUGAUGUAAAUCGAAAGAAUU